CUUCGCUCUAGUUCCCCUCCCUCCCCCUGUCUCUAUCUCUCUCUCCCUUCCUCUCUCUCUCCCUCCCUCUCCCUCUCUCUCUCGGCGUACAGUAUUCUCCUCUCUAUCUUCCACGAGCAUCAGCGCUCUCUCCAUCAGUCUCCGCGAUUCGAGCGCUACUACGGCGCAAAGCAUGGCAUCUCUGCGCCCCGACACCCCGCUCCGCUCCUCUGCGCAGCUCUGCGUCUUUCUGCUGACCGCCUCGGCCUGGAUGGCACUGCCGGGACCCGCGCGCUGUGACAGCGGGGCUCUAACCCGGCGCGGCGGUGAGGACCGUACAUUUGACAUGGGCGGCGGUGGCGGAGGCUCCCCGCCGGGCUUACCGACGGAUGUUGACGAGGAAGCCGUCGGCGCGGAGAGCUCGCCCCGCUUCAGGAGGGCUCUGUCCCGGGAUAAACAAAUGUCUCUGCUCAGCAGUUCCUUCGUGCUCAAAGGAGAUGCGACCCACAACCAGGCGAUGGUCCACUGGACAGGAGAGAACAGCAGCGUCAUCCUCAUCCUGACCAAGUACUACCACGCUGACUCCACCAAGGUGCUGGAGAGCUCGCUGUGGAGGUCCUCUGACUACGGCACAACUUACACCAAACUCAACCUGAUGCCGGGGACAACCAUCGUAGUGACCAGCUUCUACAUCUGCCCAACCAACAAGAAGAAGGUGGUGCUGGUGGGCUCCUCCAUAAACGAGAGGGACCAGAUGCUGUUCAUCAGCACUGACGAGGGUUCCUCCUUCCAGCGUCAGUCCAUCUCCUUCACCCCGGAUACACUCGUCUUCCACCCUAAGGAGGAAGACAAGCUCCUCGCGUACUGCAAGGAGGGCAGGCUCUUUGCAUCCACAGACCUCGGACGCAAGUGGACGCUGCUCCAGGAGCGGGUGACCAAGGACAGAGUCUUCUGGUCGGUAUCUGGAGUGGAUGUGGAUCCUGAUCUUGUGCACAUGGAAAUGCAAGACACAAGUGGAGGUUACCUGUACGUCACCUGCCUCAUCCAGAACUGCUCGGACAAAAUGGUGACGGCUCAGUUCCUUGGAAAAAUCGACCACAACUCUCUCCUGGUUCAGGACGAGUACAUAUUUGUAAAGGUCACUACAGGGAAUCGCACCAAGCACUUUGUGUCCCAUCGACGCAACGAGUUCGUCCAGAUGAGGUUCCCAAAGUACGCCCUCCCAAAGGAUGUUCAGAUAGUGAGCACGGACGAGAACCAGGUCUUCCUCGCCCUGCAGGAGUGGUACCAGUUGGACACGUAUAACCUGUACCAGUCGGACCCUCAGGGAGUCUACUACUCCAUCGUGCUGGAGAACGUCCGCAGCACCAAGCAGCCGGAGGAGAAUGUCCUCAUCGACAUACUGGAGGUUCGUGGAAUCAAAGGAGUUUUCCUGGCCAAUCAGAAGAUCGAUGGCAAAGUGACAACCCUCAUCACUUAUAACAAAGGACGAGACUGGGAACCUUUGGCCCCGCCCACCACGGACAUGAACGGCAAGCCAGUCAGCUGUAAAGCACCGGACUGUCAUCUCCACCUCCACCUGCGCUGGGCAGACAACCCCUACGUGUCAGGGACGGUCCACACCAAAGACUCUGCUCCAGGUCUCAUCAUGGGCGCCGGUAACCUUGGCUCCAAGCUUGUGGAGUACAAGGAGGAGAUGUACAUCACCUCAGACUGUGGGAAGACGUGGAAACAGGUGUUUGAGGAGGAGCAUCACAUCCUGUACCUGGACCACGGUGGAGUCAUUGUGGCCAUAAAGGACACCUCGAUUCCCCUGAAGAUCCUCAAGUUCAGUAUCGAUGAAGGACGGACAUGGACGGUUCACAACUUCACCAGCACUUCUGUGUUCGUGGACGGACUCCUGAGCGAGCCGGGAGACGAGACUCUGGUUAUGACAGUGUUUGGUCACAUCAGCUACAGGUCAGACUGGGAGCUGGUCAAAGUGGACUUCAGGCAGUCUUUCCCUCGUCAGUGCACAGAGGCGGACUACGACUCCUGGCAGCUCACAGACCUACAGGGAGAGAAGUGCAUUAUGGGCCAGGAGAGGAGCUUCAGAAAAAGGAAGGACUCAGCGUUCUGCAUCAAAGGAAAGAGCUACACUUCGGCUCUGACCUCCAAACCCUGUCAAUGCAUGGAGAAAGACUUCAACUGUGACUAUGGUUUUGAACGGUCCCAGCUGGAAGGAAAACGCUGCUUCGCUGAUUUCUGGCACGAUCCAGAUUCACCACCUGAAGACUGCCAUCUAGGACAAACCUACGAGUCCAGCACCGGAUACAGGAAGGUAAUUUCCAACACGUGUGAAGGUGGACUCAACAAGCAGCAGAGCGCCAAACAGCACAACUGUCCUCUGCUGCCCCCUAAAGGACUACAGGUGGGCAUCAAAGGACAGAUGCUGGCCGUGGCGCCCGGUGAUGACAUCACAUUCAUCGUCCAUCAGGAGCAGGGCGACACCAGCAGCACCAAGUACCAGGUGGACCUAGGCGACGGGGUCCGGGCGAUCUACCAGAACCUGACAGUGACCGAUGAGCCCAUCCAGCAUCGCUACGAACAUCCAGGAGUGUACAAGGUCACAGUUAUGGCUGAGAACAUGGCAGGGCACGACGAGGCCACCAUGUUCAUCCAAGUCACAGCUCCGUUACAGGAGGUUCACCUGGAGGUUGUUCCCAUCGCUGGCAGAAACCAACAAGUCAAUUUGACGGCCAUCGUUCUCCCCACUGAGGCCAACCUUACCAUCUUCUACUGGUGGAUAGGAGACAACCUGCAGCCGAAGCUGACUCUGCAGAACAGCCUUCUGACUCGUUUCACGGACACAGGAGACGUUUCGGUCACCGUGCAGGCAUCCAACGGUCGAUCCAUGGUGCAGGACACCAGGACUGUCCGCGUCUACGAUAACUUCCAGGUGAUUCCUCUGAGCUUCAGCAGGAACCUGGACCGCUUCAACCCAAACAUCCCCGAGUGGAGAGAAGACAUCGGCCAGGUGGUCACCAAAAUACUCACCAAGAUCACAGGUGUCCCUCAGGAGUCUCUGGUGACCGUAGUGAAGCCAGGCCUCCCCAGCAGUGCUGACCUGUAUGUCCUCCCACUGGACAGCAAACCAGCCAAGAAGAACAUGUUUGUAGAUAAGCGUAUCCCAGCCAUUACGCAGGCCUUCAACGACAACAACGUCAGCUUUGUGGUGCGAGGAGGUCUGAAAGUGCUGGUGAUGCUUGCAGACCCAAACGCAGGUUACCAUGGAGCAGCUGGAGGUCCAGGUGUUUGGGCUGGAGCUGUCAUCUUCCUCAUCAGCCUCAUUGCCACCGGCUCCUUCAUCCUCUACAAGUUCAAAAGGAAGCUUCCAGGCAGCCGUAACGUCUAUGCUCAGAUGCACAACGAGAAGGAGCAGGAGAUGACCAGCCCCGUCAACCACAGCGAGGACACGCAGCACAUCAUCCAGGGCGAGGAGUUCAUUGACGACGACCUGGACUCGCAGACUCUAGGUAACGCAGGAGGUAGCCCCGCCUUCCGUUCCCUUAUAAGGACUACCACUAACCACUGCUACUAAAACCCAAGCCACUAACACCAGCAGCUAACACACACCCAGGCAACCAUUCAGGAGUGGUCCUGAGCAUCAACUCCAGAGAACUGCACAGUUACUUGACCAGCUGAUGGCUGCCAUGGCAAAGCUACCGAGCUAGCUUGACCUAGCUGGCUAACGAGCACAGGGACUCCACUCUGCCUUCCUCCUUUUUUCUCUCCGUCCUUUUCCUCCUCUUCCUCCUCCUCUUCAGACACUUCACCUCCGCUCCAUGGACUCCUCAACUCUUCAGCUCCGGCUUUGUUUCAAGUUUUGCUUCUUCACCACAAACUGUAGCUCUUUUUGAGAUGGAAGCGCUUUGCUUUACAUUUUUCUAUUUUACAUCUUCCCUCUUUUCACCCGGCACAGCAGCCCCGGAGACGAGCACCGACACCCAGUGAGGAUGGAGGUUUUGAUGGCAUCACACCAAGAAAAGCUACUGAUCAAUGUUUUUAAAGAUGUCUGUGACUUGUAGACACUCAACAUCAGCAAGCAUGACUCACUGCACCGGUGCCCUGUUAUAGUCACACGAGAGGGUUGGACCACCCAAAAUCAGGAGACUGUAGGAAGUGAUGUUACGGUACUUUCCAAGGGUAGCAUUAAGGUAGCGUGCACAUGUGUAGUCGAGUUCACCGUGAUCACAUGGCUGCCUCUUUCCACUAGCUGCAGACUUCACAUGCUGCUGUACUGUCUCACUCCUGGGCUCCAGGCUGAAAGGCAACACUCACCGCCAACUGAUUAUAACAACACUGUUUUUAAUGGUUUCCAGGACAUAAGAUGAUCCUUAUUAUAAUACGGCUGCUCUCUUUUCAAGUUUUAAGGUUGGAGAAAUUCUUUCUGAGGACCAAAUCUUGUUCUUUUUAUAAAGAAAAGCAUUUCAAAAUAAUGCUCAUAGAAACACUCUGAAUGAGAAGUAUCUGUAAAUUUUCACAGUUCAACUAAAUCAAAAUGUAAACAUGUGCACAUGAAGCAAUAGUGGUCCCUGUGUUUACGGUUAAUACCAUCAAAAUGAAAAGCAAACAGGUGAUUUUUUUUUUAGGCCACCUGUCUCAGGGACUGGAUGCUAAUGCAUGCUCUCCCGUCAGUCACACCAAAGCGUAAACAUUUUCUCUGUUAGAAUUUCAUGAAGCGUUUGUUCCGUCAUUCAGGCGUUACACUCUGUGACUCCACAUCUCAGCCCAGUGACAGAGGUUUAAUGUCCCUGCUGCUCCUAUAACCAUCUUCUUAAAUCAGCAUCAUAACUCCGCCUUCUCAUGGGUCCCUUUGUUCUGGACGAUCACCGUGUCUCUCCAUCUUUCAUCCCCCUUGCUGCUGUAGUUGUGAGUGACGGCGGGCCUCAUUCAUGAGGGGGGGGCACUCACUUUACAGGGAAAUGGCGCCCUCUGAUGUUGUGAACACAAACUGUGUAUAAGGGACAUUAUUAACGGGCAGUUAUCAGAAUCCCUGCAGGGUGAGCAGGACCAAGAUGCUUAGUGGAGCAGUCCCACCCUGAAGGGAUUCUGACCCGCAUUAGCACCCGCUCACUACCCAGCUACCAACAUAGCAUAGCAAGUUGACACAAGUAUUGAUUUGAAGAUGAAUUCAUUGAUUUACGAAUGAUUUUGAUUGGACUUCCGGUGAGCGCAUACCAUGUAGGAAGUCUUUUGUAGUAACUGUGAUAACUUUGCACUUCAACUAACUUCUUAUGUCCAUCCAUUGAUCAGCUAUGUUGCGUGGUUAAAGUACACUGCUUUUUGGGGCAAUAACUUUAUAAAUGGCAAGACUUCUGACCAAAAGUGAGUCUGCCAAGUCCGGCUGCAGUAGGCCACAACAUCAGCCCUCAGAGCCCGAGUCCCAAGAGAAGCCCAAUUCUAUUGAAGAUAUGCUACGUAACAUUAAGAUCAUGAUAGACAACCUACGGGCGGAAACCAAGAAUGAUUUCCUUUGGUUAUUCAGUCAAUGGUUGAUCGAGAAGCUGUGAGGUUUCAAUCUGGAGCUCAGCUGUAAGACGUCAUAACAGCAUUUGAUUUUCUAAACCUGGGAGUGACAUCAUAGGACAAUGGCAGCCAUGUGACUAUGGGAUACAACAAAAAUGUGUUUUCACUCUUCCUCUCCUAUGUGUUAAUCUUUUUUCCCACAGCAACUCUUCACAGGCAAUAAUAUUCUCUCUGUGAAAUGUAGGAUUUGAUUCAUUCUUGUGGAUUUGCAUGUGACAAGCAUGCAAACACAGGGGGGCGCUGUUGCACUUUCUGAAAUUCCCAAUCACAAGAACAUAGAGAGAUCAGCUCCUUUGGAAUAAACACAGGUUUAUUUUUAAAGUCCUGAUACUUUUGUAUCCUCGUGCAUUCGUUUAAAACACACAUUAACAGAGUGGUGUCUGAAUCAGCACCACCCUUUUGUCGUCCCAUGGUGCCUAAAACAGCAGAUAUGAAUCUGCUCAGUUACACUACCAGAUGAGUUUAUUUAUUUGUAACAACAGGACGCCCCUCCCUCCCUCUCUUCCUCCUCCUUCUCUUCCUCCCCACACGUCCUGGGUCAGAGAGACUUGAUCCCCUGGAGACAAAGGUGGCUGUCAUGGAGGGAAGGUGUAGUUGAUAUUUGUAUCAGCCUAUAUUAGGCGAAGCCCGCGGUGGAAUCAUGUCUCCUUAAAGGUUUGGUUUGUUGUAUGUAAAUGUGUAAAUAUGACCACUUUGUACAUAUUCCCUUUGACAUGUGUGUGUGAGUGUUUUACACUUCUACCAAAAUGCACAGCCUUUUAUUUUGGAGUGAACCUUCUAUGAGUUGAUUGAAGUUGAAAAACUAACUGUUUACAGUUUCCUCAACACGACAGAGUAUUCAGGCCACGUUAAAGAAUCACCAAAACAAAUCUGAGAUUUAGAGAAUAAAGUCUGAAUAUUAGAAUAACUAAGGAGAGUAAAGUUCUAAUGUUUCCAGAUAAAAUGGUCACUUUAUCAUACAAAAUCUCGACCAUGGUUAGGCUGUGUGUUGUGUAGAUGGGGAACAUCAGAGAGGCAGCUGAAGGAUUGUGGCAUGCACUGAAAUGAGGAACAUGGAGCGUCUUGGGAAGUUUUUCCUCUGUGUUACUUUUCACAAAUAACAAAACACUUGGGUGUUAUAAGUGUCCAAAGGCAGUCUAACGGGGACGUCAUAAAACUGCGACGCCUUCCUCAUAAAAUGACAUUAUGACUUAAAGCGAUGAGCUAAUUCUCAAAGUAUCAUGACAUUACUCUCUUUUAUUUUAUCCUCCUUAGAUUCCUAUUUCAGUCACUCGUAACUUUAUUCACAAAAUAUAAAGUAUUCUCUUACCUCUAUUCUUGUAAUAUUACGACUUUAUAAUAUGACUUUAAUCCCACAACAUUAUGACUUUUUAAUCAUACAUAUUUAUUCUCGUUAUUUUACAAGUUCAGUCUUUUCAAUCUAAAAUCUGAGCGGUAAAUAUUCUCAUUUCUACACACUGUACCUUUAAUUAAUUUAAACACUUUUUUUUGUAACAAUGUAAAAUGGUAAAACUUUAUACUUAAAAUAUUAUGACUUUGUUCUUGUAAUUUAACCACUUUUAAAAAAUGUUUGAGCAGAAUAUGAUUCUGUCUAAUAUGACGGCUUUAUUCUCUUGUACUGUUAUAUUGCAGCUCUUUUCCCAAUAUAAAAUGCAUUCUAUAAAGAUUAUCAUUUUAUGACCGUAUUUCAUAAAAUGAUGUAAAAUAUGAUUAUGAUUUUAACCUCAUGUCAUUUCUUCAUGGCUUUGUUAUUUUAAUAUUACAGCUUUAUUCUCAGAAUCUCUGUAUUUUCUUCAACGUGGCUCCAAUGCUCCAUCGUGCCUCACCGUCACUGCUUGCUUCCCAUGUACUCGUUACUUUGACUCUCUCAGCGUAAUCUCAUGUGUAAGAUAAUUUUUGGUCUUCAUUGUUAACUAAAAAUGGUUUCAUUGUCUCAUGUAGAUCCUCACAACAACACAGUGAAAACUAUGUAUAUGGAUAUUUUUGAUACACUUGUCAUUUUCUCAAUACGUGUAAACACUGGUUAUUGUUUCUGUUGCCUCUUGCUGGCGUUUUAUUGUUUGUUUGAUUGCACUAAUGAUGUACGCAGAGCUGUGGACACACACCGGACAGCACCUGAACAAACCUGCAGACUCUGAAUCAACAGGCCUUUAAAUAAAAGGCCAUUACAGACUCCAGAUUCUACCAUCACCACGCCUCAGUUAUCUUAUAUUUGAUACAAACAGACCACGCUCACUCGUUCUGGUUUACACUUCAUCUUUUGUACAUAAUCUGCUCAUGGUCGAAUUGUUCUUAGUUUUCUAGUGAUGUGUUGUCAUUGUAUCAGGGCAAAAGUGGGAAUUAUGAUUAUUCCAAUUUAAUAGGGAAGGAGUUUCACAGCUGAUGGCACCAAUCGAGUAACCACACUUUUUGUUUCGUUCCUCUUUCUGCUGGUAUGUUCAAUCUGUUGAUUUGAUAUUAAAAACAAUUGUGUCCUCAUCUGGGAGCGUUGUGCACUCAACCUGCAUCCUGGAAUAAAUCACUCCCAUAACUUG